AUGCAGCCAAAGAUCCACUUUGCGCUCCUGCCCUUAUUCCUCUCGCACUCGCUCGGUCAGCCCUUUCCAUUGCAGCACACGAGUCUCCUUUCAAUACAAAAGCGGUCGCCGCACGAUCCACCGCCGCAAUCGCACCACGAAGGCUGGGAAACAGAUAAUGAUGUCUGGGGAAGUAUCCUAAGAGGCUCUCCCUUGCGCGAAUGUCGAGGAUACCUUCCGGCGGCCAACGAAGACACGAGACCUCCUCUGGCAAUCCAUGCCGUCUCUUCGCCGUCACCACCACAAGUUGCAAGACCGCCUUGCUCUUUUCAAAGCCGAGAGACAAGUUGGCACGUCGCUCCCGCUGUGCGAGAAAGCAAGAAGAAGCGGAAGAAGAAAUACAAGGCCGAGGACAAGGCUGAGGAAGGCAACGAUUCAUCAUUACAGGUUGCAAGCUCACGAAGUCGGAAGAGGAAUCGGAGAUCCAAGGGCAAGAAAGAAAAUUGGGCCAAUGAUCCCAAAUCAAAGGAGAUGUAUAAAAGGGCUGUUGAGCUAUUUGAGUCCAAAGAACAAGGAGGAUCCGGAUUCCGCUUGUCGAAAGAUGAGAUGAAGUAUCUAGAUGUACCGGGUGUGGACAUGUUCAAGGCUAUCAGACAACAGUAUCAGUCCCACCAGCAUGACAAGACACGUCGAACAGGGAGGAAAAUCCCGCGCGAUCCAACCUCAGACCACACCAUAGAUUAUCAUCUCGGAAAAUUGAAAGCCGUCCUUGAAGGCGACGCCAAAGGCACGACCAUCACCAAGUCAACCGUGGAAAAGGUCCUAGCGCUCGCAAAAACAGAAGAUGAUCAAAAGAAGGACGACGGCAAACAGCUCCUAGAGCUGUUGGCUAAGACUCGAGACCGAAUAUUUAAAGACUGGGAUGACGAUCCUCACACGUAUUGCGUGUCUCGGAGGAACUGUCCUUUCCCGCUCCUCGAUGAAGUCUUGAAGUCAAACCUCUUUCCUUGA